AUGUCAGAUAACCAAUCAGCUUCUGCAUAUUCCUCGAAAAGAACCUCUCCAGCUCCUGCAUCGCAGCCUGUUCCAAAGCGAGUUAAAGUUUCAAAUGAAUCCAGCUCACCAUCUAUAAUAAACUCCAGUCACGGGCCAAUAAUCCCUGGGACUGGUAAUGCUCCAUCAUCAAGCUCUUUAGAUCCAGAGAUGUUAUCAGAUGCUUUGUUAUCUGCUGGUGUGGAUAUUAAAGAAGAGGAAAGCCUAUUAUCUCGAUCUUUAUAUGGCUCUGGUACUAGCUCUGGAUCUAAAUAUUCUACUAGCAUAACUUCCGGUGUUGGAUCUGGGGGUACAUCUUUUAACGAUGGUGGUAUUAAUGGUCAUAUUUUAAAAGAAUCAUAUGGAGUUAGUGCUCCAGUUCUUCCUCCUCUUUUGGAACGAAUUUACGAAUACCAACAACGUCGAAACCAAACCCCCUUUUUAGAUCCUGGUCGAUUACAGUAUAUAUUUAAUAGUCAUGCACAUGAUAUGGGUUUAUCUUUAUCAAAGGAUAUUCGUGAAGUAGAUGCAAUGCUUACAUUAAUUUCAUAUUCUUGUCAGGAAUGGCUUUCAGAUAUAAUAACCAGUUCGUUAGUUAUUUCUAGACAUCGCCGUCGUUCAAGAAACAAUGUUCAUUCUGAAGUUUCCCGUGCUCUUCGAAAUAUUGCCCAAAAAGAAAAAGAGGAUGAAGAAAAGCGAUUAGUUCGAAAAGCUCAAAAAAUUGGUGAAAAUGACGAAAAUGGCGAAGGGAAAGGGGCAUCUGGGAAUGGAAGUGGAUCUGGUUUAAGCAAGAAAGAACGAAAUAAUGCAGAUGAUAGUAAUACAAAUGAAGAAGGAACUAAAGCGCGUGGAAGAGGACGUGGAACCCAAUCUGAUGAAAUUAAUUAUUCAGCUGCAAAUGCUACAGUACAGAUGAUGACCUCUGGCUCAAAAAGAAAAUACAGCUGGCUUACUGAGGGUACCAAUACUGGUGGAGUUGGGAAUGCGACGAACGCGGCAGGUUCAGCUUUAAAUAUAAGAGGCUCUGGCGCAGGGUUAAGAUCAGAUGGAACUGUAAGAUACAGAGAAGUUAGGGAAGAGCAAGGAUUAGUUGUUCGUGAUUUAAUACUGGCACUAGAACAUCAACGAGCUGGAGUUUUAAAUGCUAUAUUGAAAGGAUAUUCUAAGAAAUCUUGA